UGCAAAAUGUUUUGGGAUGCAAUCUUUCCCCUCCGGCUGAUUUAUUCCACUUGAGAGAGAGCUCACACGCCUCUGUUCUGCAUGCAAAUUUCCUUUUGAUCCUAGAACAUCACGAGCCUUCUUUUUCCUCACACAACCCAUUGUAAGCUUCACAUCCACUCAGAAAUACCUUACUCGGCUAAAACCCACAAGGUCGAAGCUUUGAACCUGGUCCGAUCACUCGCCUCCCCGCCCUACGUCAUUGGAGGCGCCGUUGCCUGCGAGGGUACAAACAAGUCGUCCGACUGCGCCUCUCUUGAGCUGAAGCUACAUUACACAACUGACCACCACUUUUAAGCAGUUUCUAUUUUUUUCAAUUAAAUCAAACACUCAGCCUCACCAAACACACCUCUUCCCUCUUGUCUUUUUUUUGGUUUCUCAAAUAAACACCACCAAAUAAAUUUCCACAAUCAAACCCACCCCACCCAAAAAAACACACACCAUGGCGGAAGACAACAAGAACAUCGAGUCGCAGCCCGCCGUCGACGAGACCCCAAUCUCGCCCUCGCGCCCCAACCAGCGCCGCAAGAACUCGCUUGAGGAGCACCUGAAGAACCGCCCUGAGCGCGCCGAGCUUGUCGACCGAAACAUCCUCCCGGCGUCCACCGCGGCUCCCGCUCUUCAGGAGAAGCAAAAGGAGCUGGCCAAGCACAUGCGCGCCGACUCGCUCAACGAGAAGAUUGCGCACCGCCCUUCGCCUGACGAGCUGAUCAAGAAGGGCGUCUUGGACGAGGAUCCGAGGACCGCAGAGGAGAAGUACGCCGAGGCGAUCGAGGACGAGUACGCCAAGCGCGAGGGUGGUGCUUAGAUUAAUAUCACGUUUUCUUGUCUGGUUCUUUUUGUUUUCGUUUGUCUCUGAUAUACCUCAAUGUUUUGACCCGAAAGAUAUCGUGGUCCUGUUCGCUUUAUAGCCCGGGGGCAGCUGUUUGAAAUGUUUAUGCAGAUUGGUUGAUCCUCUCCCCUCGCAUUGAGAAAAGAACGCUUUGGUGGAUGGAUCCAUGCCUUUUAGGAGUCAUCUCGUACGUUUUAGUCUUCUGUGGAUAUGAAGUAUGCUGUUUUCUAAUAACCUAUUCAUUCCUCAUUAUUCAUAAUCCCUUGAGGGAAAUAAAUAUAUACAAUAUGCUUAUCCAAAUCGAAUCUUCUUUUGCUUCGGAUCUGGAUUCUUGGGAGUUCUGCC